CCCCCCCCCCCCGCCGUCCCUCCCCCCCAACCUCCGGAGCUGGGAAGAGAGUCAAGAUGGCGGCGAAAUCCGAUGGCGGUGGCGUGGGGGUGGGCUUCGCUCAGCUGCACAACCUGGACGAGGCGGUGGGCAGUGGCGGCGAGGAGGACGGGGAGCCCGGGGGAGGCGGCUGCGGCGGCGGCGGCGACGGCAGCGAGCCCGAAGAGAGCAGCUCGCUGCACAUCUGCCACUGCUGCAACACCUCCUCGUGCUACUGGGGCUGCCGCUCCGCCUGCCUGCGCUCCCUCCUGGGCAAGAAGCCGCGCCGCAGCGCCGCCGCCGACGGGGGGGACCAGCCGCUGCAGCCUCCCGCGGCCCCCGGCGCCGACCGCCAACCCCCGACGCCCUCGGCCGCGCGGCCAGAGCCGCCGCCGCCGCAGGUGGAGCGGCCGUGGCUCGACUGCCUGUGGAUCGUGCUGGCGCUGCUGGUGUUCUUCGGGGACGUGGGCACCGACCUGUGGCUGGCCCUCGACUACUACCGCAAGGGGGACUACGUCUACUUCGGGCUGACCCUCUUCUUCGUGCUGGUGCCGUCGCUGCUGGUGCAGAGCCUGAGCUUCCGCUGGUUCGUGCAGGACUACACGGGCGGCGGGCUGGGCGCCGUGGAGGGGCUCAGCAGCCGGGGCCCCCCCAUGAUGGGGGCCGUCUACGGCCACGGCGCGGCCCGCGGCGUCCCAGGCGCGGGGGUCUCGGCCACGCCGGGGGCGCAGCGCCUGUGCCGCCUCUCCGUGUGGAUCUGGCAGUCAGUCAUCCACCUGCUGCAGAUGGGGCAGGUGUGGAGGUAUAUCCGCACCAUGUACCUGGGGAUUCAGAGCCAGCGGCGGAAGGAACACCAGCGACGCUUCUACUGGGCUAUGAUGUAUGAAUAUGCAGACGUCAACAUGCUGCGUCUCCUGGAGACCUUCCUGGAGAGCGCGCCCCAACUGGUGCUACAGCUCUGCAUCAUGAUCCAGAAGAACAGCGCCGAGACCCUGCCCUGUGUCUCCUCUGUGACUUCCCUGAUGUCCCUGGCUUGGGUGCUAGCCUCCUAUCACAAGCUGCUGCGGGACUCCAGGGACGACAAGAAGAGCAUGAGCUACAGAGGGGCCGUCGUCCAGAUCUUCUGGCGCCUCUUCACCAUCUCAUCCCGAGUGAUCUCUUUUGCCCUCUUUGCUUCCAUCUUCCAGCUCUAUUUUGGGAUCUUCGUGGUGGUUCACUGGUGCGCCAUGGCCUUCUGGAUCAUCCAUGGCGGAACAGACUUCUGCAUGUCCAAGUGGGAGGAGAUCCUCUUCAACAUGGUGGUAGGGAUUGUGUACAUUUUCUGCUGGUUUAACGUCAAGGAAGGGCGGACUCGAUAUCGAAUGUUUGCAUAUUAUACGAUAGUCUUGACCGAGAAUGCUGCCUUGACGUUCCUUUGGUAUUUUUACAGAGACCCGGAGACCACUGACUCCUAUGCGGUGCCAGCACUGUGUUGUGUCUUUAUUAGCUUUGUGGCUGGGAUCGCACUGAUGCUCUUAUACUACGGUGUGCUGCAUCCCAUGGGGCCACGAGCUAAGAUCUUUGCCAGCUCCUGUUGUGCCGAGCUGCUCUGGGGCAUCCCUUUGCCCCCCGAUGUUGAGCCCAUGGCGCCUCAGACCCCUGGGUACCGGGGGACCCAGGUUACGCCCACCAGAGCCGUAACGGAACAACAGGAGGAUCUCACGGCUGACACUUGCUUGCCCGUUUUCCAAGUGAGACCCAUGGGGCCCCCUACCCCGUUGGGGCGUCCUUACCUCCCAGAAGGGCCCCUCAUUAAGAUUGACAUGCCAAGAAAGAGAUACCCAGCUUGGGAUGCUCAUUUUGUAGACAGGAGACUGAGAAGGACUAUUAACAUUCUGCAGUAUGUCACCCCCACCGCAGUAGGCAUUCGAUAUCGAGACGGACCACUCCUCUAUGAGUUGCUACAGUAUGAGUCUUCACUCUAAGAGCAUCUUGACCCAAAUUGAGAAGGGGACCUUAAGUUUGGUUUGCGGCAAACACCGCUUGCAAGAAAUAUAACCCUCCCUUCCCCCAAUACACAGAACCACCGCCACCACCACCAACACCGCCACACCAACACCACCACUACAAAAGAAAAAAAAAUUAAUAAGUCACAACCCCUUCAAAUAAGCUUUCUUUCCAGUCGCUGUAUGUAUACAAAGAUAUUCUCUAUGUUUU